UUGUGAGUCAACUAUGGCGGAUGUCAUUUCAAAUAUUUUGGUUGUGACAGUAUAACAUUUUAAGACAUUCUGCUAUAUCAGCAACGCUAAGAAUUUGAAAACAUGGAAUAUUCAAAAAGUUUAAUAUUUUCUUUAGUGUUUUGUGUUUUUAUCAUAAAUGGUGUGGAAAGUAUAGGUAUUCAGUUACAGGCAACACCUUCAGAAGGAAUUCUUGGACCGACUAGUGUACAGUUGAAAUGUUCUUUUACAACUGUGACAGGGGAAUUUGUUACAGGUUUAAACAUUAAGGCUAAAAGUAAAACAGAUGGACAGUUUAAAACAAUAGCUAGAUUUAACACUCCAACAGUUCCAUUAAAUGCAAGUCUGACACCGGAUGGCAAUUACUUAACAGACAGAGUGACACUAACAAACCCAACAUCUUCAUUAUUUUUUGCUUUAAUACAGUUUUCUGAGUUAGCCUGUGAAGAUGAGACAGAAUAUAUGUGUCAAGUAGCAUAUAUAGGCACAAGUGGAAGUACAAAUGCUGAUUCUGGUGUUGCAAAUAUAAGUGUUAAAGGUAACCCAGAACAACCAGACAGCAAUCCAUCAUAUGUACCGUCAGCUGGGAUAGAAGAAGGCAACAAUGUUGUCUUUACAUGUACGGGUAAUGUCGGUAAACCUGAAGGCAAGUUUAGAUGGGUGAGAUACAGACGUAACUCUAAUGGUAUUACUAUACAAGAAACACCAUAUGAUUCAGAGACCACCACAGCAGCAGUGAUGCCAGGAACCUGUACAUCCAAUGGUACCAGUUCGCUGACACUGAAGAUGGAACAGCUAGAUAAUAAUGCCGUUGUCAGAUGUCAGGUUGUUUAUCAAAAUGUACCACAGGGGAGUUUAUACAAACAGACUGAUGGCAUAAAUGUUUAUUAUAGUGUAAGGAAUGUAGGAGUAACAAAGUCUCCCAGCAAUCCAACAUUUGCGGAAGGAGCAGGGCCCAUAACUCUGACUUGUACAUCAGAUGGAAAUCCUGCUUUAAUAAACACAGAUUAUACUUGGCACAAAGAAUCCAACACCAGUGUGGUGCUAGGGACUGGAACUACAUAUAUCAUCAACAAUGUUGUCGUUAAUGAAACAGAUAACUACAUAUGUGUGGCACAGAACAGUUUUAAUGGACAAACAUUUAACAUGAAUAACUCUAUACACAUACAAAUAGACUUUACCACUACAACUUCAACUACAACUCCUUCUACUCCUGCAGAAUCCAUAUCAACAGCAGCACCAAGGCUUCCACCAACAGAGGAUGGAUUAGGUACUGGUGCAAUAGCAGGAAUAGCUGUUGGUAUAGCUGUACUUGUCAUUAUAAUUAUAAUCAUAGUUAUCAUUGUCCUGAGGAGGAGUAAUAGAGGGAAGGAUGACAGCAUUGAUGAACCACCAGAGAAACCAAGAAACAACCUGAGUUUUGUAGAUAAAAAAGAUGCAUUAGGGGAUAAGAAUGGUCCAUUUAAUAAUCAUAAUAUACAUUAUGCAGACUUGAAUUUUGAUGAUCGUCCAAGAAGUCGGAAACCAUUACAGUUGAGUCAAGAUUCUGAUUUAGAUCAUACACCAUACGCUGAAGUGAUGAUGCCAAGAGUGUAGCUAUCAUCUGGUGCAUUCAUUACAGAAAUCAUGCCAUUAGACUUAAUUGUGUAUUUGUAUGGGCUGUAGCUGUAAGCUUAAUAUGUGUGCCAAAUUGUAUGUGAAUGUUAGUUUGUCAUGUGACAUGAUGGCAGGUCAUGUGAUUAAAAAGUCUUUUUUUAUCAUGGCUGGUAUAAUAUUGAUCAUGUGAUUGACAAUUUUGAAUAAUGAUUGAUAUCAUACUUGUGUCCUGAUAUUAAAGGGAAAUAACUAUUACAACACUGAAAAAUAGUCUUAAGCUUUGGCUUUAUGCAAUAUCAAAUCAUUUUGUUUCUGAACUUGCACAGUAAUGUCCCUCAAGGUGGUCCUGGCAUGGAUCAUCCUAAUCAUGUAAUUACUGUUAAUGCUAUCAUGAUAAUUAGAAGAAAUUUAAAAUUGGUACUUCAUUUGUACAACUUUAAUUUGUAAAAGAUUUUACCAUGUUUACUUCUGGUUGUCAAGAAUCUCAAAAUGAUAAGAAUCGAAAUAAUUUAUCAAAAUCUAUUAAGUAAAAUUUAUUGAUGAUUUAACAUAAGGAGUGACAGGGCAUGUAAUUUGAAUAGACCACUUUCGAGUUCAUCGUCACCGGCAAAAACUCGUCAAUUAUGCACGCCUUUAUGACGUCAUUUACCAGAUAGAGGGGGUCGCCUGUAUCCCUGCACUAUUUACGUUUAUCAAGCGUCUUAGUGAUCGUCUUUGUGCAGGCUAAACUGGAAAUAAUGGUUGCUCUGUAGGUACUUACUGACAAUUCCCUAAUGACAGCAGUGUUGAUUGUCAAUUUUGAGAAUUCAAUUUGCCGAAUAAUUCGUACAAUAUAGAAUUAUAGUUUUCCAACCAUUCGCUCAACAUUGGAAGGGAAGUGACGACGCCCCUAAACGCACAAAUGACGGUGAUAAAGGCGCGUAUAAUUGACGAGUUUUUUCCGGUGACGGAUGAACUCGAAAGUGGUCUAUUGAGCAUUAGGCCAGGCUGACCAGCACAUACUAAGCUUAGGUAUUACAUUUUAAAAAAUGAAAGUCUUCAUGGUCUUGUUUAUACAUGAAUUUUGGCAAAAAAAGCUUAAUUUUGAAUGUAAAGGCUUUUUGCUGUCAAUUGAAAGUGUGACCAUAUCAGUAAUUGAAUAAAAUGGUGAAAUGUAUCAUUUACACAUAGAGAAGGGACUGCAUGUAUUUCAAUUAUGUUUUAAUAUAUUACAAACAAAAGUGCUAACUGUCAUGAUUGUACAUAAAACUAUUUUUAUAUAUAAUUUUAGCUACGUAAUACAUUCCAUUAGGCGGGAUCACUUGAAGUAUGUAAGAUUCUAUUUCAUAUCACUGUUGGUUUAUUAUAUUAAAUAAUCAUUAUAUUUGACUAUAAAUCAAUUUUGUUGGAUUUUAAGUUGUAUUGAACAUAUCUUAGCACUGUUCACGAAAUACAUAUAUUUUUGUACUUUAUGCAAAAUCAAAUUUUUUAAUAAUAAACUUUAUCAAAAUCCAUUCCCUCCAAGAGUAAGUGGCCUUGUAAAAAGUUACGUCCAUUAUUUUAUAAUUAAAAGCUACUGUUUAAAUGCAAACUAUUGAACAUACAUUGCAUUUCCAAGUUUUUAUAUGGCUGUAUGUUUUUGCAGUCUUGUUAACAUUUUUUAGAUAGAAUUAGAACAUAUCAUUCCAAAUUUCUGUGUUGUGAAUUACAAUUUAUGAACUUUUUUUUUUAUUCAAAAGUGUUGUGAAAUUCAUAUUAGUUUGACAAUUUCCACAUGAUAGAUUAUUCAUCAGCAUUCAAAUAUUUGAACAUUCUAAGAAUAUUUCUCAAAACCAAUGUUGUGAAGUAAUGAUACAUUGUUAUUUUCAUCAUUAUUGUUAGAGUUGAAAAUGAAUAUUUGAGAAAUUUUUGUACGGACUUGUUUAAUUUUGUCAUUUAAGAAGCAACCAUGGUCCAAUUGACCAUUGAUUUGACUGUAAAUGCCUUUAAUUUUGUUUCGUCAUGGUCAAUGUUUUAGAAUAAUAGCAUGAUAUGAUUUGUAGUGAGAUGUGAAUGUGAUUGAUUAGAUUUAGUCAAUUUUUAAGAGUGUCUGCACUGUAUUAUACAAAAGUGAUAAUGUUCGACACGCUACCCUUAAGUAUGUAAUUAUAAGCUUCAAAUAUAUAAAUAUACAGCAUUUACUAAAUGUAUAACCCACCAAUAUUGGCAUGUCACCUUCAUUCAUUCAUAGCCAAUUGUUCAUUCAUAAUUUAACCUAGUAUAUUCAUACAUAUUUGAUCAUUUAGUAUUGUUUACAUCUUUAUGCAUAUCUAUUUCUGUGGCUGUUAAUUAAUUAAUAACAGCUUGCAAAUAUGUAUGCUGACGACUAUAUUAAAAAUAAUGGAUAUAGGCAAUAAUUUGUACUUAAAAUCUGAUUCAUUUUCUAAUACAAUAAGCCAGUUAAAAAAAAAAUGAACUCAGGAUCUUUUCUUAUGUAAUUAUUUGUUUUGUUGGAUUCUAUUUAUUUUCCUUUGUAGUGUUCUAAUUUUCAAUUUUCUGUUGUAUUGUUUGCAACAUUAUCUAGUUUGGUUUAUAUUGAAGUUAUUGUUCCUUUGAAAUUUAAAUUAAAAUCAUUUGAUGAAUUGGUUAUGCAAUUUUUCGUGUGCAUUAAUCAGAAGUAAAAUAGUGUAUACAAAUUUCCUUUCUGCAUUCAUCAGCCACAAACUUUGAAUAAUAUGAACUGCAAUACUAUAUGCACUUGCCAUUGUAAAUAGUUCAUCGUAACAUACUAUCAUAGAUAUCUCAUUUCUCCUGUAGUAUUCUAUUGUAGAUAUCUCCUUGUACUAUAUCAUCUAUGAUAUUACCAUUUACUAGUCAUGUAUAAUAUGUCAUUCAUUAUAGGUCAUUGUAUUAUAGACUAUAUACAUUUUUCUCUUUAUUUUGAUGAAGAAAUCAUAUAAUGUUUACUGUUUAUUUAUUAUUUACAUGGAAACAUUUUAAUAAGGGGUAAUCCAUCAUGUUACAUGUAAUUAAAAAGAUUUUACAAGGGACUUGGAUCAUAGGAGAAUUGUUAGUUUUUUCUUAAACAAGUUUUUUCUUAAACAAUUUUUAUUAAAUUUUAUAGACUUUUCCGUUGAUAAGAUAUUAAACUGCCUUUUGCAAUUAACUUAAGUGUUUAAAUUUAAACAGUCUUAGUGAAGUGAUCAUUUUAAGUUGCAGCAGCAGUCUUGGAACUUAAAUAAUCUGUUUAGGUUUUACCCAAAUUAACAAACUUUAAAAAUGCUAUGAAUUUUAAUUUCAUCUUAGACAUUUUCUUCAUGGUUUUAUGAAAAAUAAAGAUUAAUUCAGAGUUGAUGUAUAAGGGGAGAUUAUUCAUAUAAUUAAAUUUUAUGAUAAAUUGAACUGUAGAUUUACCUGUGUUGGGAUAUAGCAAGAACUUGAGUAUGUACAAUUGAAUAAGACCUAUCUCAUCUUUUAUAUGAAUAUUGAUCAUUUACCUUUGUUCUACAUAUUAUUUUGCACAUCAUUUAUUUUUAAAAACAAGCUAAGUCACAUGCUCUUUUUAUGAAUUUAAAAAUAGCACAAAAGAUAGUAAACUAAGCAAACAUUUAGGGGUAAUCAUCCUUGAUACCUUAAAUAAUGAGUUAAAAAUUAAUUAAAGUUCCAUUAAAAUAUAAUGACCGUGGGAUAUAGAUAUUAUAAAACAUUGAAAAGAACAGUAUAUUUGUAGCAAAGAAGAUAUCAUUGUUAUUACUUCAUAAACCUAUCAGAUAAUAACUUUGUUGAUAAUUUACAUGGAAUACUAGAUAAACAUAUCCCCAAAUAACCCUGCAGCUAUAGUAUGGUGAUAUCAAGCAAUAUUGGUUGUUCAAACUACCAGGUCUUAUUUUAUGUUUUGAUUUAUUCAUAUCACAAAUCAUGAAAUUGGAAAAUGUAAAUGGUGAAUAUACAGAUCAAUUUUAACAGGAUCCUUUAAGUAAUCUAUCCAUAUGCAUUUCAAAUAGUUAAUGAAUAAACAAGAACAAUUAUGGGCAUCGUUAAUCAUUAUUCAGGUUGUGUAUUAGUCAUUAUCAUUGUAGAUUUAAUUUUUUACAAAGAGAUCAUGAUAUCGACCAGAUAUGUAAAGGGAACAAGGAAAAUUCAAUCAAGUUACAUGUAUUUUAUCAUUUAGCAUUACAUUUAGAUUGUUUUUAAGAAUUCCAGAUUCUAAGUUACCUUGUUAAUAAAAUUUGAAUUUCUGUA